AUGAGUAACCCAAAUGUGGGCACGACUUCGCUCAACAGCGCUCUGCAAGAAAUCGUCAUCAUUCACGGCCGUGAGUUUCAACAAUACUCGCUCAACAAUCGCAUCUAUCUGUGCCCUAUCGAUGAUGAUGAGAUCGACCGGCUUGAACUACAGCAACAGGUUUUCAAUCUAGUUUUCGACAACCGUCUCAUAUUUCCGCCGAUCCAUAACCCUCGGCGAGUGUUGGAUUGUGGGUAUGGAGCUGGAAACUGGGCACUCGAAGUUGCAGAACGAUAUCCACACUGCCAGGUUAUAGGAGUUGACAUAUCCCCCCAUAUGCAGCCGCUUGAUAUACCGGAUAAUCUAUGGUUGCAGGUAGACAACCUCAAUCGGCCGUUUACCUUCCCUUCACGACAUUUCGACCUUGUCCACUCAAGGCUUGUGGCUUCCGGACUGGAUCGAUCCCGCUGGUCAUCAUACGUCCGCGACCUGGUGCGUGUGACGAAACGCGGCGGCUGGGUCCAAAUGGCAGAGAUAUAUUUCAAUGUCCAAUCCGACAACGGUUCCAUAACUGAUCGACAUGCCCUUCGAGAAUGGAGCAGACGCUAUAUGCGAGCCUUGGAGGAUCUCAAGGACUUGAGAGCCGCUCCUAGACUUGCAAGCCUGAUGACAGCAGCAGGUUUGGAAGAUGUCGACAUGAGAAUGAUCCAGCUUCCAUUGUCUGCUUGGUCAAGCGGUAAGAUAUCAGUACAGUACUGGAUGCGUCUUGUUGCACAUGCCGAACUAACCUUGAGGAGACCCGCGAUCACACCAGAUCGGCGCCUCGAACAGAUCUAA